AUGGGUGGAAAACCCCCCACGUCGACUAUUUCAGAAUCAACAGUUAGUGGUACUUCAGGUAGACCAGUACCAUUACGUGCUAUGCCAUCAAGACGUCGUAUGGCUCAAAAUUAUUUGGUUAUUUGGGUCGAUGGCAACAUCACUGAAAAUACUGAAGACUGUCGAAAUACACUGGCACAUUUGCGUGCAGUGGUGAGCGAGGCUUUUAUCAUUUCAUCGGGAGCAUUGGGUCAGCGUCUCGUCUCGAACAUUCAUGGCACGACACAAGUGGAUGCAAUUUACAUGUUCUUUGGCAACAAGGAGUAUCAUGAAUCAUGGACAAAGGAAUGGCCCAAGAUUCGAGGUGUUUUUACCUCAAUUAAACCAAUAUGUGAAUCGUUCAAAAAGGUCACCCGUGAAUGUGAUCAUGAUUCAAUUCCUAUGAGCUUCGUUCCGAAACAAAUGAUCACAGAAGGGGCAACAGGCUUGGAUCAAAACAAUCUUGAUCAAUUACCGCCAUCAUACAUGUACUCGGUGAUUUUCCAGGAUAUCCUAUUAGAAAUAGAUGACGAUGACGCUAAAUCUAUGAAAGCUUUAGUAAACUUUUGCCACCAACAAAAUAUUCCUGAAAAAGAAAUAAAUGAAUUUAAGCGGAACUACCACCAGGAAUCUCCCGUCAUGUGGUAUACAAAAGUUCUUUAUGAUAUGUUUAAUCGUGGGUUACGAUUGCUUGAUAUGGAAGCGAUGGCGAAAUUAGGCUUUUUUAUUCGAAGUUUACAUCUACAACUGAAAGAAUUUCACCAGGAACAAUCAGCGAAUUUCCAAAAAGCGCUCAUUAUUUAUCGUGGUCAAUGGCUCAAUCAACAAGACUCUCAGAGUCUAAUGCAUUCAAAAGGUGAACUCCUUUCAUUUAACAACUUCUUAUCAACUAGCAAGAAAAAAGGAGUGGCAACAGCAUUUGUUGAUGGGGUCCAAAAGAGACAUCAAGAUACUGUUGGUGCUAUUUUUAUCAUGGCAAUAGAUCCAAGUAAAAUAUCAACUUCAAUCACUCCAUUUGCUAUGAUUGAUGAGCGCAGUUCUCUUUCACAAAAAAUAGUUUUUACAAUGCACACUGUUUUUCGUGUUAUUGAAAUUAAAUAG